AUGGUGCUUUCGGUGCGCAAUCUGGUGGCACUGGUUUAGUGAAAUGGUGGAUUGGUGUUGAUUGAAAAUAAAACACACAAUUUCUAAAAUUGUAUAUUACUUUUUCAAUAACUAUUUUAUAAGUUAUCAAAAUGAUGAUGGAUUAUUUUGUUACAAAUAAUUCUUUGGCACCUGCACCGAUGGGAAUUCAAAGUACAGCAGGCGCUGUACCUGUAAAAAAUGAUAAAGGAGAACUUUCUAUGAAAAAAGUAAAGGUGCAUCGUUAUGUCUCUGGCAAACGGCCAGAUUAUGCACCAGCAGCUAGUUCAGAAGAAGAAUCUGAAGAAGAAGAUUUCUUGGAAAGACGAGUACAUAAAGGUUACGAAGAAAACGAAAUUCCCACAGCUAUUCCUAUACAGUCGCAAGUCAGAAUUCAUGAUGAAGAUGAUCCACGUAUAAGGAGAUUAACACGACUAGAAAGACAAAAAGAAUCUAAUACAGAAAUUCGUGUAGAAAGACAUAGACAUAUUCAUGAACCAGAAUUAAUAGAAGCUGAACCAGAAAGAACUCGUGAAAGGAUCAAAUUAGAAAGUUCAGAUUCAUCGGAAGAUGAAGAAUUAUCAGAUUCUGAAAUUGAAAGAAGGCGCGAAGCACUAAAACAACGAGUUUUAUCUAAAAAAGAGAAUGAAGAGGAAUUGAUUCAUGGCGAAGAAGACGAAAGAUCAGGUGAGAGUUCAGAGGAAAGCUCGGAAUAUGAAGAAUAUACAGAUUCAGAAGAAGAAACUGGGCCAAGAUUGAAACCAGUUUUUGUACGUAAGAAGGAUAGAAUUACAGUAAUGGAAAAAGAAAAAGAAGCAAUGAAACAAAAACAAGCCGAGGUUGAAGCCAAAAAGCUAUCCGAAGAACGGAAAAGACAAACUUUACGGAUGGUAGAAGAAGCAAUAAGAAAGGAAACACAAGCUGGUAAAAAUAACAAUGAACACGAAGGAAAACUUGAAGAUGUUUGUACAGAUGAUGAGAAUGAUGAAGUAGAGUAUGAAGCUUGGAAAUUGCGAGAGUUAAAAAGAAUUAAACGUGAUCGUGAAGAGAGAGAACAGCUUGAGAAAGAACGUCUUGAGAUUGAACGUAUACGCAAUAUGACGGAAGAAGAGCGAAGACAAGAAGCUCGCUUAAAUCCAAAAGUUAUUACAAACAAGGCGGCAAAGGGAAAAUAUAAGUUUUUGCAAAAAUAUUAUCAUCGUGGAGCCUUCUAUUUGGAUAAAGAAGAUAAUAUAUUUAAACGAGAUUUCUCGGGUGCAACUUUGGAAGAUCAUUUUGACAAAACAAUUUUACCAAAAGUUAUGCAAGUAAAAAACUUUGGACGUAGUGGCAGAACUAAAUAUACUCAUUUAGUUGAUCAAGACACUACACAAUUUGAUUCACCUUGGAUCUCAGAAACUGCACAAAAUCUGAAAUUUCAUAAUAAUCAAGCGGCAGGAAUGAAACAAGUAUUUGACCGACCGUUGUUAAAAAAGCGAAAAAUUGAAAACUAAUCAUGAUAUAGUAUGGAAUAAAUCUGUUUUAAUAUAUAAUACUAUAACUAGAUAGAUAGAUAGAUAGAUUUAUUUCCUACUUCCCCUUAGGGUUACACUUCCUCCCCACCUUACAUUUCCAUCUCUCCCUUAACCUAACUUAUCCUACUUAUCCUACUUAUUCUACUCUUACUCUACUCCUCACUGCCCUUACAUCCUCCCCCCGCCGCUUUUCCCCUCUCUCUCAUUUCCUUUCGCCGCACGCUCUUAUCCUAAUCCUACGCUACUCGCUCUCUCUCUCUCUCUCUCUCUCAUCUCCCCAGUACCUCCCCCCCUCAUCUCGUUCCCCAUCCUAUACCUAGCUAGCCUUCCAUACCUCAC